GGCUGCGGGAGCCGUUCCAGCGAACGUGGAGGAGCCGCCCGACGCCCGACGGUUCUUCGACUCCUCCCUCCCCACGCUGCUCUUCCUCUCCGCCAACUCCCCACACCACACCACGCCACACCAAAUCCCCAGUCUUAAAUCAGUUGCGCCCAUCGUCAGCGGCGCCGGCGACUGGACACGGCAACUCCCGGCCGCCACCUUCCGCCGAAUCAUCUCCCGUCGCGGGGUCCGGCGGCGGCGGCGGCGGCUCCGCACGGGCUCGGAUCGGUUUCACCUUUUCUCGGAUACGUGUUUAUUUUGUAAUUGAUUGCCAGUAGAUUGCCAAACAUGGUGAUGUCUCUAGACAAUUUAAGGGGCUUUGCAUUAGCCACAUCAUCAAGUGCUUUUAUCGGAUCUAGCUUUGUGAUCAAGAAAAUUGGCCUGAAGAAAGCUGGGGACGUUGGGGUAAGAGCAGGUUCUGGAGGCUACUCAUACUUGUAUGAACCGUUAUGGUGGAUAGGAAUGGUAACUAUGAUUCUGGGUGAGGUGGCCAAUUUUGCAGCAUAUGCAUUUGCGCCAGCAAUACUUGUUACUCCUCUGGGAGCAUUGAGCAUCAUAUUUAGCGCAGUGCUAGCACACUUCAUUUUGAAUGAGAGGUUGCAUAUGUUUGGCGUGGUUGGUUGUGCAUUAUGUGUUGUUGGUUCAAUUGAUAUAGUUUUGCAUGCCCCGAUGGAAAGAAAGAUUGAUUCAGUUAGCGAAAUAUGGCAACUCGCAACUGAACCAGGUUUCAUAGUAUAUUCUUGCUUGGCUGUAGCUCUUGCACUUGUUUUAAUGUUCUGGGUUGUUCACCAUACCGAGCAAAGGAAAAUGCUCGCAUAUGUUGCAAUAUGUUCACUUUUCGGGUCUCUUACGGUUAUCAGUGUUAAAGCAGUGGCCAUUGCCUUAAAGCUCUCAUUUAACGGAGUGAACCAAUUUGUCUACAUCCAAACGUGGUUCUUUAUUUCUGUUGUGAUUAUAUGCUGUUUAGUGCAGCUGAAUUAUUUAAACAAGGCCUUGGAUUCAUUCAAUACAGCUGUGGUCGCACCUGUAUAUUAUGUGAUGUUCACCACUCUUACUAUUCUUGCGAACAUGAUCAUGUACAAGGACUGGGACUCUCAGAAUGCAACACAGAUAGCAAGUGAGGUGUGUGGGUUCGUGACGAUUGUUGCGGGGACAUUUCUUCUGCACAAGACCAGAGAUAUGGGGAACACACAACCUGACUCAGAUUCUCUGAGAGCGGACUGUGAACUCCAGGAGCAUAGCUAGUCACACUCUCCUGUUGAAUAUCUAACAUAUCAAAACACAUACUCUUGUUGAACAUCUAACAUAGAGAUCUCCCUAACAUAUACCGGAACUUUUGGAAUCUCAGUCACAUGCAUCAAUUGCAGCUUCACUUAUAGGAUUAUUUGCUCUAAUGAUACUGGUUUAGCACAUUGACAAUUAAGGAUCUACAUAUAUGUGUUUUUAUAAGCUUUAUAGGAAUCGUUGCUGUAAUGUUAAGUUGUUAAUUAUGCCAA